GGGGCGCAUGCGCGCGGUUGCUAGGCGACGGCAGCCUGGGCGCAGUUGCUCUAAAGGCGCUGGGGUUGUGUGUGUAGGCAGCGGCGCCAGAGGAGGAGGAGCACAAGGAUGCAGCUGCGACCGCGGCCCGGAGAGGGAGCCGCCGCGGCUCUGUGGCCGCGGGGGCUGAGGGACGGGAAUCAGGCCUGGGGGUCGGGUCUCUGAGGGGGCCGGGGGCGGCGGUCCCGCCUGAGCUCUGGCCUAGUAUCCCAGGAAGGUACUGGCCGCUGGGCGAGGGCCUCUUCCCCAGUGCCUCCUCUGGCUCCUCCACGUCGAUGGUGGUGAAGUUGGCGCCAGGGAGCGCAAGGCACCAGGCUGCCUCCUUUGCACCCAGCUCCUCCUGGGGCGCAUCUCUGGCCCCGGCUCACGGACACCUGCGCCGCCAUCUCCUCUCGCCCGCUGAGCCCACCCCUGGCGGCGGGCGGGGGAGGGGCUCCCUUGCAGGGGCUUUGUCCAGCAGGGCGACGACGGGGACCAUAGGAGAGUAGGGGGACUGGUAACAUCUGAACAUACCAAACCAAACAGGCAAAGACUUUCACCAUCACUACCACCACAUUUUACUACAAAGGAAUAUAACUGUAUGUGGAUUCCAAGCAAGCUAAAAAGAAAAAGAGCUGAUUAGACUUCAGACUGCCCACUGAAUGGGGAUGACGGCCACAGCUGCAGUGGGGACAUCAAAAAUGGAGAAGAGUUCCUCCAAGGAAGAGAAACAACAAUCUAAGCAGGACAGGAUGGAGCAGAGCAAUGCUGAUUCUGAAGAGUGGAUGAACUCUGAGAAUGAACCUGAACAGAUGAGCCUUAAGAACAGUAACAAUGACAAUAGCUACGGAUCUGGGGAUGCUCAGUUGAAAAAAAAGGAUAUUCCCGCCAAGCCACACCGUCAGCUCUUUAGAUCACCCUGCUUAGAUCAUCCAAGCUUCUCCCAGAGCAGCAUUCUACAGGAUAGGAAGCUUGACUUGGAAAAAGAAUACCAAGCCAAGAUGGAUUUUGCUCUAAAGCUGGGCUAUGCAGAGGCACAGAUUCAAUCAGUAUUGAACAAGCUGGGCCCAGAAUCACUUAUUAAUGAUGUAUUGGCAGAGCUCGUCAGGCUUGGGAACAAAGGCGAUUCAGAAGGGCAGGCCAGUUUGAGUUUGUUAGCACCUAGGGGUCCCAGCUCUAGAGAGAUUGCAAGCCCUGAACUGUCUCUUGAAGAUGAAAUAGACAACAGUGAAAAUUUGAGGCCAGUUGUCAUAGAUGGAAGUAAUGUGGCAAUGAGCCAUGGGAAUAAAGAAGAAUUCUCCUGCAGAGGAAUACAACUUGCUGUGGACUGGUUUCUAGACAAAGGCCAUAAAGAUAUUACUGUAUUUGUGCCUGCAUGGAGAAAGGAGCAAUCCCGUCCUGAUGCACCAAUUACAGAUCAAGAGAUUCUACGUAAACUGGAGAAAGAAAAGAUUCUUGUCUUCACACCAUCCCGAAGGGUCCAGGGCAGGAGAGUUGUCUGUUAUGAUGACCGGUUCAUAGUCAAAUUGGCUUUUGAUUCCGACGGCAUCAUUGUAUCUAAUGAUAACUACCGAGACCUUCAAGUUGAAAAGCCAGAAUGGAAGAAGUUUAUAGAGGAGCGGUUGCUGAUGUAUUCUUUUGUGAAUGAUAAAUUUAUGCCUCCAGAUGAUCCUUUAGGACGCCAUGGCCCAAAUCUUGAAAAUUUCUUGAGAAAGAGACCUGUUGUUCCAGAGUACAAGAAGCAACCAUGCCCUUAUGGCAAAAAAUGCACUUAUGGCCACAAGUGCAAAUACUACCAUCCGGAGCGGGCCAACCAACCACAGCGUUCGGUGGCUGAUGAGCUCCGCAUCAGUGCCAAACUGUCCACAGUGAAAACCGUGAGUGAAGGCACCCUGGCCAAGUGUAGCACAGGGCUGUCUAAUGCCAAAGGUGAAAUAACCUCCGAAGUCAAACGUGUGGCCCCCAAGCGCCAAUCGGAUCCCAGCAUCCGGUCCAUGGCUGUGGAGCCUGAGGAAUGGCUGUCCAUUGCCCGUAAGCCUGAGGCCAGCUCUGUCCCCUCACUUGUGACUGCCCUAAGUGUCCCCACAAUCCCACCCCCCAAAAGCCAUGCGGUGGGUGCACUCAACACUCGUUCAGCCAGCAGCCCAGUGCCAGGAUCCUCUCAUCUCCCCCACCAGAAGGCCUCACUGGAACACAUGGCUAGUAUGCAGUACCCUCCAAUCCUGGUUACCAACAGCCAUGGGACACCUAUUAGCUAUGCUGACCAAUACUCAAAGUUUGAGUCCCUGGGGGACCACAGCUACUAUUCAAUGUUAGGCGACUUCUCCAAACUGAACAUCAACAGCAUGCAUAAUCGAGAGUACUACAUGGCUGAAGUAGACCGAGGGGUGUAUGCCCGGAGUCCCAACCUCUGUCCUGACAAUCGUAUGAGCCAUACCAGGAACGACAACUACUCCUCUUACAACAACCUGUAUUUGGCUGUAGCUGAUGGCCAUCCUGAAGGCAAUUUAAAGCUGCAUCGCUCAGUAUCUCAGAACCGUCUUCAGCCUUUUCCUCAUGGUUACCAUGACGCCUUAACACGAGUGCAGAGCUAUGGCCCAGAGGAUUCUAAGCAAGCCCCCCACAAGCAGUCAGUUCCCCACUUAGUUCUACAAGCCCAGCACCCAGCAACUGGAGCAUGUUCAAGCUGUCCUGGAGACUACCCCAUGCCUCCUAAUCUCCACCCUGGGGCAACCCCCCAGCCAGGACGUGCUCUGGUAAUGACUCGGAUGGACAGUAUUUCUGACUCCCGCCUCUAUGAAAGCAACCCAAUGAGGCAAAGAAGACCUCCCCUGUGCCGGGAACAACAUGCCAGCUGGGACCCAUUACCCUGUACAACCGACUCCUAUGGCUAUCACUCCUAUCCCUUGAGUAACAGCCUCAUGCAACCAUGCUAUGAGCCAGUCAUGGUACGGAGCAUGCCUGAAAAGAUGGAACAGCUUUGGAGGAAUCCUUGGGUUGGAAUGUGCAAUGAUACCAGGGAGCAUAUGAUCCCAGAGCACCAGUAUCAGACUUAUAAGAACCUCUGCAAUAUUUUCCCUUCAAACAUCGUCCUUGCAGUGAUGGAAAAGAAUCCCCACACAGCAGAUGCCCAGCAACUGGCAGCCUUGAUUGUUUCUAAGCUUAGGGCUGCACAUUGACAUGACACAGGACUUAUUCCUUUAUACAUAUAUAAAUAUUCAUACUAAUAAUGCAUCAAUGCUAAGAUAAAAGUAACUAAUAAUUUUGUGUUGCGCUUUACAAGUUAUAGUGUUUCUGUCAUUUGAAGCGCAAAACAACCCUGUAAAGUAAAUUUUACUAAUCUUAUUUUCUAUAAAAGGAAACUGAAUCUCAUUGUGAUUAAGUUACUUGCCAAGGUCACACUGCUAGCAAGUGACCAAAUCAGGAUUCACACUCAAGUCCUCUGACUCCAAGUCCCAUGCUUUUUUGCUCGGCACCAUGCGGAUAAUGGAGGACAAAACUCAUGAGGAGAGAUCUAAAAUCAAGAAACUCCCAAAGGAUUCAUUAUCAAUGUUUUCUUAGUUGCACAUUCUAUAUUACAAAGUAUUGAUAAUAUUUCUAAUUUAGAGAGCAAGAGCAUCUGGAUCAAAUCAUAUAUUGAAUUUACCUUUUGGGAUUUUUAAUAGGAUAUUUAAAGCUUUUAAAAAGUAAAUACAUAAUUUAUUGCAUGAAUAUCUGACCAUUCAAUAUCUUUAUUAACCAAGCUAUAGGGUCACAUCAAAGCUCUAGACCUAUAUUUGAAACCUAUUGUUAGCAAUUAUAUUGCAUGCAUAACUGUAUGUAUUUAGUUUGAGAUGUUUAUGUAUCCCCAUAUAACCUUUUAUAUAGUGAUAAUGAGAAGAAAAGCUCUGCACAGUCCUUAGUCUACAGCUGUAUAGAUCAUGAAUCUAACUUGAUUUUAUGUCACAUUUCAUAGUUUCAACUAGUUCUGAAAGUGAAAUUACAUGCCAAUAUUUGAAUAUUGUUUUCUUAGGCACCAGAGAAAACUAACUGUAUUUCCUUUGCACUUUUUACUUGUCAACACUGACAGUUCUUAGCUUUUAAGUCUCUUCACUUUAGCAAAUUUGGGAUCAGAUUACAGCUUUCUUCUUCAGAGGAGCUGAUGGACAAGCAUAGCAGGUGUGUGCUAGACAAGCACAGAAGAGUUUGACAAGGAUGAAGGGAUUUACUACCAGACUCCACUUCCCUUUUCCAAGGAGAGAUGGCCAAACUCAUGCAGCAUUAAAUGAUGAACACAAAGCUGGACUCAAGGACGGUCUAAUGGAUACCCUUUAAACUUAUGACCUAUGCAGUAUUCAACAUCACAGGAUAAAAUGUAAUGGAGGACGGUGCACAGCCAUGUAAUCCACUUUCUUCUGCUGUCCACUCUUUGGGCAAUAAGGUGGAUCAUUAGUGGAACAGAAUUUCUUUAGGAAACAAAACCAGGGGAUUUUCUAAGUGGAAAAAGGCAGCUUACAAAAGGGGAUGCUACAUCUUUGCUAAUAGCUGGUUCAGUUAUGCACUUUCCCUUAAAAAUUCUUAAAUGCAUCACUAAACACACAGGAUUUUGGAUUGAGCAGCACCAUUUGCACAACUAGUAUCUUUCUCAGGGUGGAAACCUUUGUAGCUAAAUGCCUCUUGCAUUUCUUGUUUUUGGGUUUUUUUUAAGCAGUACUAAAUGAACCCCUUUUUAAAUCCAUUGCAUACUUCAACAUUUUGAACCAUGACCUGCUAUUUCUUGAGCUGGAAUUUGCUAAUUUCUAUGUGUUUGUUUUUUUUUUUUUUCAUGAAAGUUGAGGUGGCCUGGUUUUGGCCUUUUGUUUCUUCAUGAGAAGGUGUGACUGCCUAUAAAUUUUCUUACCAUGAAGCACUCCGCAUGUGAGGCCGUAGUCAGGGUUGUUUCUGGUGGUUUGAUAAUGGCUUGAAUGCUGCUUUUUGGUUUUCUGUCACUGUUCUAGUUGAUCAAAACUGCACCUCAGCCAGCAUUUCUCUUCAGUUAACCACAACUUCAUAUUCAUCUCCUAUCCUCUCUGGUCUUCCCAUUCCCCAGCAUUUUGAGUGGUAAAAGUAUUUUCUGUCAGGUAGAAAAUAGAGAGUGACAGUUGCCACUGAAGUGCUUGCUAUUUCACACAAAUACCACUUCAUUCCUUCAACUUCUUGGACCUUCUAAAUUGGCCCCAUGUCUAAAUCAGGGUAUUUGACACUCUUAGAUGACUCUACUGCCUUUCUGCCAGUUAGUUCAUCUUCCUAACAAAAUCAUCAAUAGGAUUAAAGUAUCCACUAGCUGCACAAUUUACGGGGAAGCACAAGAUUAAUCUUGUCAGCUGCAAUUUAUCUUGAACAUGUUCAUGUUUAGUACUCAAAAACAUUGUAACCUUCUCUCAACACAGGAAAUACUUAAGGCAGUGUAUGUAUUUUUUAUUUUCCAAAAGCAAUUGUCAUUUUUCUCAUAAAAUGUUUAUGAACCAAAGCGGCUAAAAGCAAUGCCUCAAAUAACCAGAAAUGACAUUUUGUUGAUACAAAUUGUAUCUCUUUUUUUCCUGAUUGUAUAAAAACAAAUGUACAAAACUCAUAUUAAACUAAGUUCGAUACUGACUUUUCAUCAUAAUGUUUGUGGCACUGUGUGUCACAAGAAAGCAGCCUGGUCAUGAGGGAGCGAUUUCCAAGUAGUAGCUUAUAGACAAAGACUAUUUUUCAAGGUUUC